CAUCAGGAAGGUGCUGGACGGCCUGACGGCGGUGUCCGCCGCCGCCUCGGCGUCGUCCGCCGCGCAGCAGCAGCAGGCGGGGAACCGGGAGACCGAAAUCCAGGAGACGCUCCAGUCCGAGCACUUCCAGCUCUGCAAGACUGUACGCCAUGGUUUCCCCUAUCAACCGUCAGCCUUGGCAUUUGACCCUGUUCAGAAAAUACUGGCCAUCGGGACUCAGACUGGAGCACUAAGGCUCUUUGGUCGGCCAGGGGUUGAAUGCUACUGCCAACAUGACAGUGGAGCUGCAGUAAUCCAGCUUCAGUUCCUGAUUAAUGAGGGAGCUCUUGUGAGUGCCUUGGCUGAUGAUACCUUACACCUGUGGAACUUACGUCAGAAGAGACCUGCUAUACUUCAUUCACUCAAAUUUAACCGAGAACGGAUAACAUUUUGUCAUCUGCCUUUCCAAAGUAAAUGGCUCUAUGUGGGCACCGAAAGAGGAAACAUUCACAUUGUCAAUGUGGAAUCAUUUACUCUCUCAGGCUAUGUCAUCAUGUGGAAUAAAGCCAUUGAACUGUCGUCCAAAUCUCACCCAGGACCUAUUGUCCACAUUAGUGACAAUCCAAUGGAUGAAGGAAAGCUUCUGAUUGGCUUUGAGUCUGGAACAGUGGUAUUAUGGGAUCUGAAGUCAAAGAAGGCAGAUUACAGAUACACACAUGAUGAGGCUAUUCACUCUGUGGCUUGGCAUCAUGAAGGAAAACAAUUUAUUUGUAGUCACUCAGAUGGUACCUUGACCAUAUGGAAUGUAAAAUCUCCUACCAAACCAUUCCAGACAAUCACUCCACAUGGAAAGCAACUGAAGGAUGGAAAGAAGCCAGAACCCUGCAAGCCUAUCCUUAAGGUGGAAUAUAAAACAACUAGAGCUGGGGAGCCUUUCAUCAUUCUCUCAGGAGGCUUAUCAUAUGACACUGUAGGAAGAAGACCCUGUUUAACAGUUAUGCAUGGGAAAAGUACUGCUGUGCUAGAAAUGGAUUAUUCUAUUGUUGACUUUCUAACCCUCUGUGAAACACCAUAUCCUAAUGACUUUCAGGAACCAUAUGCUGUAGUUGUUCUCCUAGAAAAGGACUUAGUACUGAUUGACCUUGCACAAAAUGGGUACCCUAUAUUUGAGAAUCCCUAUCCUUUGACUAUACAUGAAUCUCCGGUUACGUGUUGUGAAUAUUUUGCCGAUUGUCCUGUGGACCUCAUACCUGCACUCUAUUCAGUUGGCGCUCGACAGAAACGUCAAGGUUACAGUAAGAAGGAAUGGCCUAUCAGUGGAGGCAACUGGGGUUUGAUCACUCAGAGCUAUCCAGAGAUAAUUAUUACAGGGCAUGCUGAUGGGUCAAUCAAGUUUUGGGAUGCCUCAGCAAUAACGCUGCAAGUGCUCUAUAAGCUAAAAACAGCCAAAGUAUUUGAAAAAUCACGGAAUAAAGAUGACAAGCCAAACACAGAUAUAGUAGAUGAAGAUCCAUACGCUAUUCAGAUCAUCUCAUGGUGUCCAGAAAGUAGAAUGCUGUGCAUAGCUGGAGUUUCUGCACAUGUCAUUAUUUACAGGUUCAGCAAGCAGGAAGUGACAACAGAAGUCAUUCCGAUGCUAGAAGUACGUCUGCUAUAUGAAAUAAAUGAUGUUGAAUCUCCAGAUGGUGAGCAGGUGCCACCUUUACCAACUCCAGGCACAGGUUCCAAUCCUCAAUCCAUUGUUCCCCAGUCUCAUCCAUCUACUAGCAGCAGUUCAUCUGACGGACUUCGUGAUAAUGUCCCAUGUUUAAAAGUUAAAAAUUCUCCUCUCAAGCAGUCUCCAGGCUACCAAAUUGAGCUAGUUAUCCAGCUAGUGUGGGUGAGUGGAGAACCUCCUCAACAGAUAACCAGCUUAGCAAUCAACUCAGCGUACGGCCUAGUAGUUUUUGGAAACUGUAAUGGUAUUGCCAUGGUUGAUUACCUCCAGAAGACAGUGCUCUUGAAUCUAGGCACUAUUGAACUGUAUGGCUCUAAUGAUCCUUAUCGCAGGGAGCCACGAUCUCCCCGAAAAACUCGACAGCCAUCUGGAGGUCUUUGUGAUAUUAAUGAAGGUAUGGUGGUGCCAGAAGAUCGCUGCAAAUCACCCACUUCAGGUUCUGGUUCACCAAACAAUUCUGAUGAUGAUCAAACAAUGAAUAAUUUUAUAGAAAAGGUGAAGACCAAAAGCAGAAAGUUUUCCAAGAUGGUAGCCAAUGACAUAGCAAAGAUGUCCAGGAAGCUAAGUUUGCCAACUGAGUUAAAGCCUGAUUUAGAUGUCAAAGACAACUCUUUCAGUCGAUCCCGGAGUUCUAGUGUAACUAGCAUUGAUAAGGAGUCACGCGAGGCAAUUUCAGCUCUUCAUUUUUGUGAGACUUUCACAAGAAAGGCCGAUACAUCACCUUCCCCGUGCCUGUGGGUUGGGACCACGCUGGGUACAGUGCUUGUCAUUGUACUGAACUUACCCCCAGGAGGAGAGCAAAGACUUCUUCAGCCAGUAAUUGUUUCUCCUAGUGGAACCAUCCUGAGGCUAAAAGGGGCAAUCUUGAGAAUGGCUUUUCUGGAUACCACAGGAUCUUUGGUCCCACCAGCACAUGAACCCUGGAGAGAACACAAUGUUCCUGAAGAUAAAGAUGAAAAAGACAAAUCGAAAAAACGACGACCUGUCUCAGUGUCCCCCUCUUCCUCUCAGGAAAUCAGUGAAAACCAAUAUGCAGUGAUAUGUUCAGAAAAGCAAGCAAAAGUUAUCUCACUGCCGUCCCAGAACUGUAUUUAUAAGCAAAACAUAACAGAGACUUCUUUUGUUCUUCGUGGAGAUAUAGUGUCAUUGAGUAACAGUAUCUGCCUUGCAUGUUUCUGUGCCAAUGGACAUAUUAUGACUUUUAGUUUGCCAAGUUUAAGGCCAUUGUUGGAUGUAUGUUACCUGCCACUCACCAAUAUGCGGAUAGCCAGAACGUUCUGCUUCACCAAUAACGGACAAGCACUCUAUCUUGUCUCACCAACUGAAAUACAGAGGCUCACCUACAGUCAAGAAACAUGUGAAAAUCUUCAGGAAAUGUUGGGUGAGCUCUUCACUCCUGUAGAAACACCAGAAGCACCAAACAGGGGGUUCUUCAAAGGGCUGUUCGGAGGUGGGGCACAGUCACUUGACAGAGAAGAACUCUUUGGAGAAUCAGCAUCUGGGAAGGCAUCAAGAAGUCUUGCCCAGCAUAUUCCAGGGCCUGGGGGUAUUGAAGGUGUCAAAGGAGCAGCAUCUGGUGUAGUUGGUGAACUAGCACGAGCCCGGUUGGCACUAGAUGAAAGAGGACAGAAACUAGGAGAACUGGAAGAAAAAACUGCAGCUAUGCUUUACAGUGCUGAUUCUUUCUCUAAACAUGCUCAUGAGAUGAUGUUGAAGUACAAAGACAAGAAGUGGUACCAAUUCUGAUGACGCUCAUCGAUUACAUCUGUUUAAUUUUGUCCUGAUGGAAAAAUCUUGGAUUUGCAUUAAUUUUGGCAGGACAAUUGAAAUUUGAAGGAGUAUUCACCAUUGGAUACGGUUGUUUCCUAGCACAAAUCACACACUGUUUUACCUCAGUCCUGGCUUUAACUGAGGAGCUUUAUAUUUAAAAGAAACACACACACAAAAAACCAAACUUGAGUGUUUCUUAGCUGUUGGUUAGCUGAGAGUCAGAACAGAGAAGGUAACUAGAACAUGUG